CUGUAGUGGGUGGCCAGUGAGGAACACACUUCAACUAUUGUACCGCAGUACAAAAAGAUAUGUGAAAACGUGAUACAAACCAUUAUAAAAAUAUAAACACCAUCAGAUUGUGAUCGCUGUUGGAGGGGGAGUAGAAGUCUUGACAAAGAUACUUACAACGCUAUUGAGAUCGGCUCUUCGCCAUGUCAGCUAAUGUAUCCAACUGGACGUGUUUAUCGUCCUUUGGGCCCCAUCCCGACGACCGGGAGACACCAACCGACGCCAAGUUCGAAGUUUGGAUUAGUAAUGGAGACAUUAUUCUAGUUGGCCUUCGAGAUUACCAGGACAAAAAGGCCGACGUGAUCAUGAAGUAUCUUAAUGACGAAGCCAGAACUCUGAAAUCUUUGGGUGAAAUUCCAGAUACUGUUAAGUUAGAAGAGAACAACGACAUUGAAUUUGAUGCCAAUGCUGCUUUGUUUGAGGAAGGUGAUGGUGAAGAAGCUUCAGACUCCGGUGAUGAGGACGAAUCGGACUCUGAUGAAGAGGAGGGAAGCAACUCAGACGAAGCUGCUGCAAACAUCCGAUCCUACCGGGCGGAUUACAACAGCGGAAAGGAUAUGCGUAAUAACCGCGUUUGUGACGAUUUACAAUAUCGUCUUAUCAGACAGGAUUCAUGUAAAUUUCACUGGUUAAUUUUAUAUACACCUGAGCUGAUCUACUUUCUAGGCAGCGUAGCUAUUUUGCAUUGCAUCACAACAUUUUGGUAA